AUGUUACUCAGUUUGUCACAUCUUGUCUUUCCUCUGCUUGAAGACCCGAACAAAUCGAACUUGACAGUGGUUUCACUCAGGUCCCCGAACAGAAAAGAUCAUGCUUCCGCUAGUCAAAUUGCUGAUGCUGAUGCUCCUAUUGCAAAUUUAUAUCCGCCGAAUCCUCAACGUUCCAUGGGUCUCUGCUUUACGGACUGCAAAGAACUUCAUAAGUGCAAGGGAGGCUCCUGCGAUGCGAACUGGAAAUGUGUUUGUGAAAACUGUAAAUGAUCGUACAACAAGCCAGGACGAGUUUUGAAACAGUCAUCCCCUGUUGAAAACGUCUAAAUAAACACUUCAGCAUUUAUA